GUUCAUUUAUCCAACAUGGAUCAUCGCUUGCGGUUCAUCCUACUGACCCUCUUUAUUUCCGGGCUCGUCACUUCGGACUCUGUGCUAAAGCCACGUAGGAGCUUCAGGAAGCGGAGCCUCCCAGAUACGGUCCUCAACGGCAUUGAGGUUUACAGCACCAAAAUCAGCUGCAAAGUGACCUCUCGCUUUGCCCACAAUGUCGUCGUCACCCGCGCAGUCAAUCGCGCCGACACCGCCAAGGAGAUUUCUUUUGACGUGGAGCUCCCCAAGACGGCCUUCAUCACUAGCUUCACCAUGACAAUCGAUGGGGUCACCUACCCUGGAAACAUAAAGGAAAAAGAAGUUGCCAAAAAACAAUAUGACAAAGCAGUGUCUCAGGGUAAAACCGCGGGAUUAGUCAAGGCCUCGGGGAGGAAACUGGAAAAGUUUACCGUUUCAGUGAAUGUCGCAGCUGGCAGUAAAGUCACUUUUGAGCUGAUCUAUGAGGAGUUGUUGAAGCGGCAUUUGGGGAAAUACGAGAUGUUCCUUAAAAUCCAACCCAAGCAGCUGAUCAAUCACUUCGAGAUAGAGGCUGACAUCUUUGAACCCCAGGGUAUCAGCUCGCUGGAUGCAGAGGCGACAUUCAUGACCAACGACCUGCUAGGAGUACUUACCAAAUCCUUCUCAGGAAAAAAGGGUCACGUGUCUUUCAAGCCAACCCUGGAUCAGCAACGUUCAUGCUCAAACUGCACCACGUCUUUGCUGAAUGGAGAUUUUACAAUAACAUACGAUGUGAACAGGGAAUCGCCAGCUAAUGUGCAGAUUGUCAAUGGAUACUUUGUGCACUUCUUUGCCCCCAAAGAUCUCCCAGUUGUGCCCAAGAAUGUGGUCUUUGUCAUUGAUGUCAGUGGCUCAAUGUAUGGUCGGAAACUUGUUCAGACAAAAGAGGCCCUCCUCAAAAUACUGGAAGACAUGAAGGAGGAGGAUUACCUGAAUUUCAUCCUGUUUAGUUCUGAUGUAACAGUCUGGAAGGAUACCUUGAUCAAGGCCACUCCUGAGAACCUGAAGGAAGCAAAAGACUUUGUGAAGAAUAUUCAAGACCAAGGAAUGACCAACAUAAAUGAUGGUUUAAUGCGGGGAAUCAAAAUGCUGAAUGAAGCUCGAGAAGCAAAUGUCAUUCCCAAAAGGAGUACAUCCCUGAUCAUCAUGCUGACAGACGGUGAAGCCAAUGUCGGUGAAUCCAGAGUUGAAAAAAUCCAGGAGAAUGUGAGAAAUGCCAUUGAAGGGAAAUUCCCCUUGUAUAAUCUCGGCUUUGGCUACAAUUUGAAUUACGACUUCCUGGAAAAGAUGGCUUUGGAGAACCAUGGGCUGGCGCGGCGGAUCUACGAGGACUCAGAUGCAGACUUGCAGAUGCAGGGCUUCUAUGACGAGGUGGCAAACCCACUGCUUGUUGAUGUGGAGGUGCAGUACCCAGAAAAUGCCAUCGCUGACAUCACCCAGAACAAUUACCAGCAUUUCUAUGACGGCUCAGAAAUUGUGGUGGCGGGACGGCUCGUGGAUCAAGAUUUGAACAGCUUUACCGCUGAUGUGAAAGGACAAGGGGCCUUAAAUGACCUGACCUUCACAGAAGAAGUCGAUGUAAAGGAGACUGAAAAAGCCCUUAAGGAACAGAAAUACAUAUUUGGAGAUUUUAUUGAGAGGCUCUGGGCCUACCUCACUAUCCAGCAACUCCUGGAAAAAAGGAAGAAUGUUCAGGGGGAGGAAAAAGAGAACCUGACAGCCCAGGCUCUGGAACUGUCUCUUAAAUAUCACUUUGUGACACCUCUGACCUCCAUGGUGGUCACCAAGCCCGAGGACAAUAUAGAGCAGGAGGCAGUGGCAGACAAACCAUUGGAAGGCAAACCAGAGCCCAUCACUUCCAGCUAUGCUACCCAGUAUCAUCACCAACCUCCAGCAAAACCAUAUUACUAUGUUGAUGGAGACCCGCACUUUAUCAUACGAGUGCCUGAGAAAGAAGACGCCCUUUGUUUCAACAUCAAUGAAGAGCCAGGUGUGGUGUUAAACCUCAUCAGGGACCCAAGUACAGGCAUCUCCAUCAGUGGGCAGAUUAUUGGAGAGAAGAAAGUUAAUGUGAAGAACCAGAAGACUUACUUUGGAAGACUUGGGAUUGUCAAUACAAGAGCAGACUUGAAGAUAGAAGUGACAACUCAGAAAAUCACGCUCUGGAAAGGCCUAGACCAGACCAACUUCACCUGGAUGAAUACGGUCAUGGUGAAACAGGAAGGGCUUAGCCUGCAAAUCAAUAGGAAGAAAAACAUAGUGGUGUCCAUUGGAGACGGGGUCAGCUUUGUCAUCAUUUUACACCAAGUGUGGAAGAACCUUCCUUACCAUCAUGAUUUCCUUGGGCUGUAUACAGUGGACAGUCACAGGAUGUCAGUACAAACCCAUGGGCUGUUGGGGCAGUUUUUCCACCCGAUUGAUUUUGAAGUGUUCGAUGUCCGGCCUGGGUCUGACCCCUCCAAACCAGAUGCCACGAUGAUGGUGAAAAACCACAAGCUGACAGUCACCAGGGGCUGGCAGAAGGACUACAGGAAGGACCCCCGGCAUGGCAGCGAGGUCCCCUGCUGGUUCAUUCACAACAAUGGGGCGGGACUGAUUGACGGCAGCCACACGGACUACAUCGUCUCGGACAUAUUUUGACUCAGAGAAUGAGGCUUUCUAAUGUCUAGAUGUAGGUCUCACCUUGAAAAUAGAAUAAAAUAUGGUCAAAGCACUAAAGCACACAUUUUCCAGUGGCUCGUGA